AUGAUUUCUCGCAUAGGUUUGUUAAAUAAACAAUCCCUUAAUUUAUUCACCAAGUCCCUUGCCAGGCCCCAAUUCCAACAUCAAAGUCACCUCAUAAAUAAGUCCCUUGUUGCAUUUGUUGCCAAGAGAUCUAUCUCAACAGUCGAAACCUCUCACAAUGAAGAACAAGAAGUUUUGGUUGCUCAACGUAAAAACAGACCAGUUUCUCCACAUUUGCAAAUUUACCAACCACAAUUAACAUGGAUCAUGUCAAGUUUCCAUAGAAUUACUGGUGUCGCUUUGGCUGGUGCUUUUUACGCUUUGACCUGUACUUAUGCAGCUACUUCCAUUUUGGGUUACCAUUUUGAUACUCAAACUUUAGUAUCUGCAUUCACUAGUUUACCUGUUGCUUUGCAAUAUGGUAUUAAAGCAUUAGGUGCUUACCCUUUUGUAUAUCAUGCCGCUAAUGGUAUCAGACACAUUAUUUGGGAUUUUGGUAAGGAAUUAACCAUUCCAGGUGUUUACAGAACAGGAUAUGCUGUUUUGGGAGCUACUGCUAUCUUGGGUACCGCAUUGGCAUUCUUUUACUGA